UUCUCCAUGGUGAAGAUGGUCAGCCAUGGAAAACAUAUUGCAAUAAUAAUCCAACAGCUUGACAAAUUUAACCCUGAAAUUCAGAGCAUGGAGGAUUUCUUGAAUGAAUCAGCUAAACUGUUGAAGACUCUUAAUGUGACAGACCAAGAAUUUGCAUUGGAUACACUAGCUGGAUGCAUAAAAUAUAAAUCCUUACUGGAUGUAGUAGUCAAUGCCUUUUUUGUUCAGGAUGGGAGAUACUGCCUGAUUGCUGAGCGUAACCUCUAUAUAGUUAUUUGUUACCUGGCUACUUUUCAACUAGAAGAGCUCGGUCUCCAGCACUUCAGCAGAAUUGUGAAAUCUCUGGACACUGCAAAAAUGCAAAAGUUUCUUAGAUUCUUCUUCAAUCCCUUGUAUCUGAACACAUGGAUAAAGGAUGAAUGGAGUCGGUUCUACGAUUCACUGUAUGUAAAGGAGAACUGGAUUGAUCCACUGCUGAGAUGGCAGCCAAAAGUGCAGCAACUGAUUGAGCAGCUCACAGAUAAGUUAAGUAACCGCACCACCACUGUCAAGACUUCGAUGGUCACUCAGCCAAAGGAAUUUAAUUUGACGGUACCCAAACCACGUGCCAUUCCCAUACCUCUGCCAAUACCAGUACUGGAAAAAGGGCUGCCUGUUCCUCCAAGCACCUACAAACCUCCAAAGGAAAAAAAGCAAUUAGAGCAAAUCAGAACUCAAAAUCGCCAAAAAGCAGAAGAUCUGCUCCUGAAAGCAAAUGCUGACCGGUUCAAGUGUGCAAUCAUGAAGUCUGAAAAGGCAGAGAACACACAGUAUGAAGACAGUAUUAAGAGUAAAUUUCAGGCUCAAAAGGUCCAGAGGAAGAUUGACAAUAUACCCAUUAAAUUAAAUGCUGCAGCUAUUUUAAGAGAGGGUGCCCUCUAUCAGCGGAAAAUGGAACAGGAACUCAAGAGAAUUGAAAAUUUGCUGCAAGGGGCUAGAGACCCAUCUGAAUUCUUGGAAUGGCAAAAACAGAUGCGUGACAAAGAUCUGGAAGAACAGCUGGCUGAAAUAGAGUAUAGGAGGCUUCGAGGAAAACUGAGUUAUGAAGAGGCAGCUCUAGCCCAUCAGAAUGUAAUUCAAGAAAAUAAGAAGAAAGCUGAUCUAAUGAGAGAAGAGAAAGCAGAUCUGAUGCACCAGUAUGAAGAGAAACGUCUGCAGGAACAGCAAGAAGUGAGAGAUCUGGUGGAGCAGGUCAUAGAAGGACACAAGAAUGCAAAGGAGGCAAAAAUAAAGCUGCAGAAGUACAAACAGGAGAUAGUUCAGAAAGUUUGUGAGGAAAAGAAAGAACUUCAUCGGCAAGCCUUAGAAGAAGAUGAGGAGAAGCUCAGGAAAAGAUCUGAACUAAUUCAACAAAUACGACUUAUUGGGUUGUUACCAAGCAUCAGACACAAGUUUGUUGAUUUAACAGAGACUGGUGGCCACGGUUUAACUUGUGAAAUGUCAAUAGUGGAACUACGUGAACGCCUCGCUCUGCUCAGAGAAGAACAGAAGGCAGCAGAGGAAGAGAGGAGAGACCAGAUAAUUCAUGAAAAACAAGCUAAGGAACAACUUCUUCUAGACAAACUGGACCAGAUUUUGGUAUUCAGAGGAGAACUCAGCCGAGCAGCUGCUCUAAAGAAAGAAGAAGAGAAAAGAAAGCCCCAGUCUGGUGAAAGGCUUGUGAAAGAUGAGCGCAUUUUAGACCUGCAGAAGAGGAUUGUAGAAAAAAAAAAGGAGCGUGAAAAGCAAGAAGGACUCUCAAAGAUUACCCCCCAGAAAAGCAGCAUCGCUUCAAGGAAGGAUACUUUCCAAUGGAAGCAUUGGAAUGAACUGGAAGACAGUCGGGAAAGACAGUUCAAGAUCUUUCAGCAUGGCUUCAUGGCCAGAGAAACAGCUCAGAAAAUGUCUGCCUAUGAGGAAGCAAGAAAUGGAGCCAAAGUCUGUAUAUUGCACUCUGAAGUAAAAUAAACUUUAAAUUCAGGCCUCCUGGAAAUCUACCAGUGUGCCUGUUUACUACAAGGUUGAAUUUUAUUCUUUAUUUCACCUUUUUAGUGUGAUGAGAAAAAUUUGGGUCAUACAGGCACAAUAGAAUAAAAAUGCAUUCAUGUUUUUUGUAAUAGAAUUUUAUUUUUAUGCUAUAAUGAUACAUUUUUUUAAUUGUUAGAAUCAAAAACUUUAAGAAACCAAACCUUACCAUUACAGCUUGUACAGCAGAAUGGCAAAUACAUGGGUAAGAAUGCUGA